UCACAUGGCGAUAUAUAACGUUUUGGAGGACACUCAAAGGAGUGUGUGCUUUUUCGGGCCAUGAGUGACGGUCUAGGCUUACGGACUUGGUGCGCCGCGAGCACUACGGCGAAGAAAAGCCUUGCACGAGAAGCGGCAGACGGUGAAGAGUCGAAUUUGUCAGAAGACAUCAGAGAGAAUGCGUAUGAUACGGUGAGCUGCAUCUCUGAUGCACAGAUUUCACCAGAUGGGACGUGUAUCUUUACCACAGACUAUUCGCGUAACUUUUCCGUCUAUCCAUUGACCUCGAAUAUCGCUGCCAACGAAGAACAACAAAGACUGACACGAUACGCACAAUUCUCUUCAUCAGACCCUAUAUGGGCUUUUACAGUCAAUCCGUACUUUGACCUGAAUGACCGCAACACCACCACCGUUCUCGUUAGCCGUCGGGAUCAGUACAUUGGCCUGCAUAAUGCGCUCUGGGACAUAUCCGAGACCCAAGGAAACGUUGCACAGCCUGAUCGAACAGGCCCUGUAGACAUCUCCUCCAAACUCACUAGCUACAAGCUUGUCGAUAAACUAACGGAGGCCGUGACUGCACCAAAAAGUCUACUAUGGUCACCCUGCGGUGCCUACUUCUACGCCGGGCACAAAAACCAAAUCGCUGUAUUUGACCUCACUUACACCGAUGAUCCUAUAACGAAGAUCCGGACGAUUCCCUCAACAAGAAACAAGCUGAAGGGUGGAGGCUGGGGCUUCAAGGGCGACGUCUCUGCACUUGCUGCUUCAGCCGGGAGUGGCAAUGUGUUGGCGGCAGGCACGCGAACGCGCUAUGUCGGUCUUUACGACGUUGUCUCGUCUCAAGAAGUCACGCAUUUUGCCCUACCUGGCAUGAUCAACGGCCAGAGAUCCGAUAACGAGAAACUGCAAGAUGUAAUCGGCGAAGGCGUUACUCAGUUGGAAUGGAGCCCCGAUGGAACAUAUCUCUACGUCGCCGAGCGCAGCUCAAAUGCUCUCCUGAUAUACGACGUGCGCAAGUUCGGGCUCGCGUUGGCUCAUUGUGCUGGACGCAAAGCACAGACCCGCCAGAAGAUGGGUUUUGAUGUUUGGGCACAAAGGGACGCCGGAGAGAAUCACGAAAUAUGGGCUGGUGGUACGGAUGGUUGCGUGAGAGUGUGGAGGUACGCUUACCUGAAAGAAGGCGCUGUGGACGCAGAUGAAGUUAUCAGCGUGGGGGACGAUGCGGUCAGCAACGUGCGUGUACAUCCAUACGGGCAUGCUGCUGUUGUUGCACAGGGAAGAUACGAAGUCGGGGGUGGAGGAGAAGCGAAGGGGAUAAGAAGAGGAGACGUAAAGAAUCCGACGUACGAUGAAUGGGGGUCUUUGGAUAUCUUGGGUUUGGGAAGCUACUGACUGACGCUCGUGCUUGGAUAUACCCGAUCGGCGUUUGGAAUUACGAAUUGACCUGUACUACUCGGAGGGACUUGGCCUCAGCUCGUUGUUUACAGAGUUCGUGUGAGAUUGUGAUUAGGCCGCUGCAGCUUGCGGGCAUGUUACGAGACAUGCAGAACCCGCCCCUCGGCAUCACGAUGAUUAUCAUUUGUGGCUGAGCAAAUAAGCCUUGCAAUACAAGU